AUGGCGAUAGGGAUGGCGACACGGGUCGCGACAGAGGUGGCGAUAGGGGUGGUGACAGAGGUGACAGAGGUGGCGAUAGGGGUGGUGACACGGGUCGCGACAGGGAUCGCGACAGGGGUGGCGACAGGGGGAGUGACAGAGGUGACAGAGGUGGCGACAGAGGUGGCGAUAGGAGUGACGAUAGGGGUGGCGAUAGGGGUGGCGAUAGGGGUGACACGGGUGACAGAGGUGGCGAUAGAGGUGGCGACACGGGUCGCGAUAGGGAUCGCGAUAGGGGUGGCGAUAGAGGUGACAGAGGUGGCGAUAGGGGUGGCGAUAGGGGUGGCGAUAGGGGGGGUGACACGGGUCGCGACAGGGAUCACGAUAGGGGGGGUGACAGAGGUGGCGAUAGGGGUGACAGAGAGUGGCGACAAAGAUCGCGAUAGGGGGAGUGACAGAAGUGGCGACAGAGGUGGCGAUAGGAGUGGCGACACGGGUCCCGACAGGGAUCGCGACAGGGGGAGUGACAGAAGUGGCGACAGGGAUGGCGACAGGGAUGUCCCCAAGGCCACCGCGCGGCGCUCGCUGUUCCGGAGGGCGUUUUCCGCCCCCUGCACAGCACCCAAGGGUGCGGGGGAGCCCUGGGGACACCCCGGGGGACACCCCGGGACAGCGGGGGACACCCGGGGACACCCCGGGACGAGGCCACCCCUGCAGUGGGUCCUGCACAGGAGGAGGGGACACGGGACCUCCUUGGGGACGUCCCCGCCGCCGGUGGCCCCGGUGCCACCCGAUGCCACCGUGUGGGACGUGUCCCAGUUCCGGCUGCUGGACGGACGCCUGGUGGCACUGGGGGGGGACCCUGAGGGUGUCCCCGUGUCCCCUCCCGCUGGCGCUGCCACCCCCGAGGCCACCGAGCCCAACCCGGGCCCGGCCGAGCGCAGGACGGGACACGGCAAGGCGCUGCUCUGGAAGAGGCUCCUCCGGGACUGGAAGAGUCGCGGUGGCACCAGAAGUGACCCCGGGGUGGUGGCAGCGCCCGAGGGUGACAGCCGCGGCGGGUCCCCGGUGUCGCCCCCCGGGCUGGAGCUCAGCGGUGACGGUGUCGUGGUGCGGCCGGUGCACGGCAGCGUGGCGGGAGAGAGCUUCUGCUUCCAGGUGAUCACACCCUCGGGCAGCCGCUCCUUCUCCUGCGCCUCCCGGGCCGAGCGCGACCGAUGGAUGGAGGAACUGCGGCGGGUGGCACGGCCGGGCAAGGACAGCUGCGAGCGCCUGGACCUGUCUCUGACCCUUUGGAUCUACGAGGGCCGUGACCUCCCGGCGCGGCGCCGCCUCCGCUGCCACCUCCAACUGGACGGCGCCAUCUUCGCCCGCACCACGGCCAAACCGUCCGGCGCCGACGGCCAACUCUUCUGGGGCGAACUCUUCCACCUCCCGGCGCUGCCGCCGGCGCGCGCCCUCACCGUCGCGCUGUGCCGCGACGACCACCCCGGCUGCCGGCCGCUGUCCGCCGUCACCAUCCCGCUGGCCGAGCUGGCAGCGGCGCGGCAGCCCCUGGAGCGGUGGUACCCCCUGAGCGGCGCCGGCGGCGAGCGGGCGCCGGCGCUGCGGUUGGGCGGGCGGUACCGCCAGGUCAGGGUGUUGCCCAUCGUGCGGUACAAGGAGUUGGCGGAGUUCAUCACCUUCCACUACCGGGAGCUGUGUGGCCGCCUGGAGCCGCUCAUCGCCGCGCGGCACAAGGAGGAGCUGGCCGGCGCGUUGGUGCGCGUCCUGCAGAGCACCGGCAAGGCCAAGUCGUUCCUGGUGGACCUGGGCGUGGCCGAGCUGGAGCGCUUGGACGAGCGCGAGGCGCUGAUCUUCCGCGAGAACACCUUGGCCACCAAGGCCAUCGAGGAGUUCAUGAAGCUGGUGGGGGCCACGUACCUGCAGGACACGCUGGGGGAGGUGGUGGCCCAGCUCUGCAGCUCCGAGGAGAGCUCCGAGGUGGACCCCAGCAGAUGCUCGGGGCUGGAGCUGGCCGAGCACCGGCAGCAGCUGCGGCGGCUCUGCGAGGAGACCCUGCGGCACAUCACCAACGGCUCCGAGUCCUUCCCGGCGGAGCUGGGCGAGGUGUUCGCGGCGUGGAGCUCCGAGUGCGCGGCGCGCGGCAAGGCGGCCACCGGCCGGCGCCUGGUGUCCUCCUCGCUCUUCCUGAGGUUCCUCUGCCCGGCCAUCAUGUCCCCGAGCCUCUUCGGCCUGGUCCAGGAGUACCCCGGCGAGGCCACCGCCCGCAGCCUGACGCUGGUGGCCAAGGUCAUCCAGAACUUGGCCAACUUCACCACGUUUGGUGAGAAGGAACCCUACAUGACCUUCAUGAACGACUUCCUGGAGCACAACUGGGCCACCAUGACCGACUUCCUGAGGGCCGUGGCCACCACCGAGGCCGGUGACCACGUGGCCACCACCGACGGCCGCGUGGACCUGGCCCUGGAGCUCGCCACGCUCCACCUGCUGCUCUGCGACAUCUUCUCCGGCCUCGACCAGGUCACGCAGGAGGAGCUGGAGCCGCUGCCCACCAUCCUCAGGGCCAUCAGGGAGGGGACACCUGUCCCCGUGUCCGUCCACCUCAGCUCCACCGCUGGGAGAAGCCACCCCGAGGCCACCAAGGCCACCGAGGCCACCGAGGCCACCGAGGUGCCACCAACAGACCCGUCCCCGUCCCCGUCCCCGUCCCUGUCCCUGUCACCGUCCCUGUCACCGUCCCCGUCACGACGUCACCGCCACGUCCAUCGCACCCACAGCGUGCCAGCGCCGGCCAAGGCCGCGUCACCCGGUGACAAAGGUGACACCGGCCACGCCACCGAGGGUGGCACCGUGUCACCAAUGCCCGGUGACGUCCCGCCCCGGGUGAAGCUGCGCUCGUCGGCGUCGCUGCCGCGCAAACCGUCGGUGCCGUGGCAGCGCCCGGCCGAGGACUCGGUGGCACCGGGAGAGCUCCACGCGCUGCGGCCGCUCGAGAAGCACGGGCGGCUGUUGGCGGCGCUGCGGGAGGAGGUGGCGGAGCUCCGGGAGCGUUUGGAACGGGCGGAGGCGGCGCGGGCGGAGCUGCGGGAGCGGGAACGGGAACGGGAACGGGAACGGGAACGGGAGCGCAGCGCCCAACUGGAGGAGAGGCUGGCGGCGGUCGAGGUCGGGCGCAGGGAGGAUCUGGAGAGGCUGAAAAGGAGCGAAGAGAGAACGAGAGAGACGGAGCGCCGCCUCUCUGCGCUGGAGCUGGAGCUGCGCCGGACGCGCUGCCACCCCGGCGAUGUCCCCAAAGUGUCCCCAAAUGUCCCCAAAGUGUCCCCAGGGCGCUGCCACCAGCCCGGCCAGGACGGCCAGGCCACCAGCGUGUGACACCGUGUCCCCAAAUGUCCCCAACGUGUCCCCAAAGUGUCCCCAGAGUGUCCCCAAAUGUCCCCAACGUGUCCC